AUGGAUCAAAUGGGAAUUUUGAAUGAAGCAUUGAAAAAUAAAUUAAUAUUUAUUGAAACUCCUGAUGCAAUUGAGACAAGCCUUGCAUUGGAAAAUUAUCGUAAAGCAUGUGACAAUGGUAGAGGUGCCAUUUUACUUUCUGUUGCUCGCGGUAAAGUGUCAGAAGGUAUAGAUUUUGAUCAUAAUUAUGGUCGUGCUGUGAUAAUUUUUGGUGCACGUUUGGAAUUUCUUAGAGACAACUAUCAAAUACGUGAAAAUGAUUUUUUGACAUUUGAUGCAAUGCGUCAUGCAGCACAAUGCGUAGGAAGAGUGUUACGUGGGAAAACAGAUUACGGGCUUAUGAUAUUUGCUGAUAAAAGAUUUGGAAGAGCAGAUAAACGGAAUAAAUUACCAAAAUGGAUAAACCAACACAUUACAGAUAUAGCAAUAAAUUUAUCAACAGAUAUGGCUUUAGUGAUUGCAAAAAAAUUUUUAAGAUCCAUGGCACAGCCAUUUGAACAUGACAAAUUUGGAAUCAGUUUAUGGAGUCUGAAAGAUCUGGAAGCUAAACAACAACAAAAUAAUAGAAUUACACAAGCUUAA